CGCUCUCUUCAGUCCGUAGGUGACCGCGGGCGGGGCGGCACGUCCGGUGCGCGCCUCGCGUUGCAUUGUUUUUCCUGUGAGCAUUGUUUUAAUUCAGCCGACCAUAAUCGAUACGAUAUUCCAGUGACAUUUGAUGGCCUAUAUGCUUUUCAAUUUUAACGCUAAAUCAAAUCAAGUGACAAUAAGGUGUCUUAUUCUAGCUAGGUAAUAGAUACUUGCUAGAAGGAGGCUUAUUGACAAGUGAAACUCUUUAUUGCCCCAUUCGUCCACCUGUGAUUCUGGAUUGGUUAUUGAACAGUGAAUAAGUGAUCUUUGUUGUAAGGGAAAGCAUGCAAAUCGAUAAUCAAGUGGAUACCCAGCUGCGAGCAGGAGAGAGCUCUUACUGUGCGGUUUAUUACUCGGUUGCAUAUUGAUUACUCUGCCACUAGGAUCACUGGAUACUGGAUACAUAAUUGAGAUUUCCACGAACGGGGUAUUGAAGCGGAUUUUCAAAGAAUUGGCAGCGUGUUAGCGUGUUGAAAGACAACCUUAUAGACCCCAAGCAAUAGUCUUUUUAUAAGUGAGGCGGAGUGCUCGUAAUGGUGCGUUCGGACGAGAGUGUCAGAUAGCCGACCGGCAAGCAACAUGGGUGCGAACAUGGGCAAGAACUCGAGCCUGCUCGAUGCGCUGCCUUCGGCGCAAGGCACUCUGCACGUCGUCAUGCUCGGCCUUGAUUCCGCCGGAAAGACUACAGCGCUCUACCGCCUCAAGUUUGAUCAAUACCUCAACACCGUCCCCACAAUAGGGUUUAACUGCGAAAAAGUCAAAGGUACUCUCGGCAAAUCCAAGGGCGUCAACUUCCUAGUUUGGGACGUGGGUGGACAAGAAAAACUCAGACCUCUCUGGAAGUCCUACACUCGAUGCACGGAUGGAAUCAUAUUCGUGUUAGACUCAGUCGACGUGGAAAGGAUGGAGGAAGCAAAGAUGGAAUUAAUACGCACAGCUAAGUCCCCUGAUAACACAGGCGUGCCAAUACUGGUGUUAGCGAAUAAACAGGAUUUGCCUGGAGCUAAGGAACCCCGCGAGCUAGAAAAGCUAUUAGGUCUGCACGAGCUGGUGUCCUCGCCGCAUGGGUCGCGCGAUGCGCACGUUUGGCACGUACAGCCUGCGUGCGCGAUCACUGGCGAAGGACUUCACGAGGGACUUGAAGCUCUCUACGAAAUGAUACUCAAAAGAAGAAAACUAGCUAAGUUGCAGAAGAAACGAGUAAGAUAAGUGAAAUAAGAACACUAACAAGUGAAUUUAUUUGUCAGUGUUGUGUACGAUAUUGUUAAAUCGACAUCACGUAUCGCAUUGUUAUAUUAUAAAGUGCUCAUUGUGGAUGUUGAUGGACGAUAUUCGAGUUAAUAACACCAAAUAUUGUUUUAUUGAUAGAUGUAUUAACGUCUUAUGAAAAUAUUCCAUCAUAAUGUUGCUCAAAUUGAAAUGAACAUUUUGAAGGAAACGAAU